AUGCUUACAAGAAGACGUGAAGAGAAUUCUGCUGAAAUUACAGGUCUGGGUUCGCCUAAACGUAUACGAGUGGGUGAAUCGGAUCAUGAUUCACAGUAUCCGACAUGCUUUUCGACUCUCUCUUCUUCACAUACAUAUACAAUUUCAACCAUCGCUCCUGUUGAGGCCGCUAAUUUCUCAAAUCAAGAAGGUUUGACUUCAUCUUUAGAUCAUUCCGUUAAUCAUAAUCACGCCGCAACAGAUGAGACAAUUCUGGUGUGUCAAACAUCAGCACGAACUCUACAAGUUAGUCUUGAAGCAAGUAACCAAAAUCUAGUUACCAAAGAAUAUAUAAUAGAAGGUACAAUCAUAUCGCAGCCAGAGGCUGUCGAAAUAAUCGAAGACUCUAAAGGGGGGGCCAAUAUAAAAUCGGCAGAUAUUUUAGAUGACGAUGUGGUUGGGAAACAUCGUAUUUUUAUUGGAAAAAGGGAAGAAGGUGAUGAAGAUUAUGACGAUGACGAUGAUGAAGACUGGAACGAGGGUGAUCAUGCAAAUGAUAGUAGUAAUGAAACUUCAUCCAUUGAGGAUAUUAUUGAUCGAAUGAGUCAUGAGAAUGUUGAAGAUGAUGAAUCGUUAUUAUUAGAUGAGGAAGACCUAAACAUUCCGCCUUUGGACGAUGAUGAAAUUGAAUAUUACAGGCAGGAGGCUCGAGAAAAAGGAACACAAAAUUUUAUUCAAGAAUAUUUCUUUGAAAAAGGACUUUCUCUUCAAAAAUUAUUUUAUGCUUUUGAUUACAGAUUGCCAGGAAAAAUAAAUUUUUCUGAUGUGCAAUUAAUUCAAGUUCUUAGUAAAGUUGUACAGAAGUUUCUCAGACAACGUUCAAAAUUACCUAACGUUAAUACUUUAGAAGACGUAGUCAGAUUGUUACGAGAAUCAAACAACAUUAUGGUUUUGACAGGUGCAGGGGUAUCUGUGUCAUGUGGCAUUCCUGAUUUCCGAUCGGAAAAUGGUAUUUAUUCUAGGUUAUCUGAAUUUGACUUGGAUGACCCACAAGAUAUGUUCGAUAUCAAUUAUUUCAAAGAUUGUCCUGAAGUCUUUUAUUCAUUUGCCAAGGAAAUUUAUCCCAGCAAUUUCACACCUUCACCUUCACAUUAUUUUGUAAAACUAUUGGAAGAAAAGGGAAAACUGUUAAGAAAUUACACACAAAAUAUAGAUACACUUGAACAAGCUGCUGGAAUUAAAAAUGUUCUACAAUGUCAUGGAUCCUUUGCAACUGCAAGUUGUAUUGUGUGUGGCUAUAAAGUAGAUGGUAAUGAGAUCAAAGAUGACAUUCUAAACCAGCGAGUUCCGUAUUGUCCUAAAUGUGUUACCACCGAUGAUGAAGACAAUGAUAUCGGAGAAAGUGUCUCUAUAAUGAAACCUGACAUAGUAUUUUUUGGCGAAAAACUUCCGCCAGAAUUUGAUCGAUCAUUCCCCAGAGAUAGAGAAAAAAUUGAUCUUCUGAUUGUAAUGGGAAGUAGCUUAAAGGUUGCCCCGGUUAGCGAAAUAAUGGGUCAAAUUCCUCAUCGUGUCCCUCAAAUUGUCAUCAACCGAACACCGAUAAAGCAUAUGCAGUUCGACGUACAGCUUCUUGGCGAUUGCGAUAUUAUAAUUCCUGAACUGUGUCGAAUGCUCAAAUGGGAACUAGUUCAUGAAAAACUUCCCGGUGGUUCAUCAUUAUGUAAAAGGUCUGAACCAUAUCGAUUUUUAGAGCCACACAUUUAUUUUUUUGAGGGGGCGGUAGUGAAACAAGGAGAUUUAGCUGGACGUGGCGUAAGGACAGCAAGUAUUGAAGAUUUAAAUGGUCAAGAAAAAGAUAAAGUGGAAAUUCGCGAAGAUAACAAACAAGAUAAUGCGAAAACAGUGAAAAGCAAUAAUAUAGAGAAAAUUUUACAAUCUACUCUAUCUCACUUAGAACAUGACUGCCCAUCUUAA